GGGCUUUCUGGGGAUGCCCUGUCGGCAGCGAGCAUGGCGCCUCCCGCACGCUACUGCGUCCCUGGUGAGCGGUUGUGCAGCACGGAAGAGGCCACGGCUGGCAGUGGGACCUACACCCGUCAUGGUUUCAUCUUCUCCUCGCUGGCCGGCUGCCUGGAGAGGAGGAAUGAGGACAGCGAGCUGCCCGUGGUGUCGGUGGUGAGAGACAGCGAGUCCCAGCUCCUGCCCAACGUGGGGGCCGUGGUGACAUGCAAGGUCUGCAGCAUUAACUCCCGCUUUGCCAAGGUGCACAUCUUGUAUGUUGGCUCCACACCACUGAAAUCCACCUUCCGAGGGACCAUACGGAGAGAAGAUAUCCGAGCCACGGAGAAGGAUAAGGUAGAAGUGUACAAGAGCUUCCGCCCCAGUGACAUCGUCCUGGCCAAAGUUAUCUCCUUGGGGGAUGCGCAGUCCAACUACCUGCUGAGCACAGCAGAGAAUGAGCUGGGCGUGGUGGUGGCACGAAGUGAGGCAGGGGUGCAGAUGGUGCCCAUCAGCUGGUGCGAGAUGCAGUGCCCACGGACACACACCAAGGAGUUCCGUAAGGUGGCCCGGGUGCAGCCCCAGUUCCUGCAGACAUGAUGCCUGAGGGGGAGCAGGGGGCUGCAGGACUGGGACCUGUGGAGCCAGAGCAGCCCCUGGGCUCCCAUCUCCUUCACAGGUCUGGCCAGGCCCCCACUGGCAGGACAGGUUUGCUACUUGUGGAUAAUAAACAUUUUUUGAGAGCUCCA